AUUAAUUGAUAAAUCAUCCGAAGUCUAAGCAAUCAUCUACGAAAUAUACAGUGCAGCCCCUCAACUAUAAUGAAGAAGCAGUGGAGUACAUCCCACAGCCAUAACUACACAAAAUUGAAGCACUCCAUGAUCAAGAUAGCCAUCGGCUUCCUAGCAAUAGGCAUAGCAACUUCUUUCUCCCUUUCGCUCUCUUCUUCUCCACCCAAAUCAUAUUAUCAUUCCCUCUACAUAUCCAACUCCAUCUCUGACAAUGCAUCGAUAUCACACGACCUCUACAUGCUCACCCGCCGACCCCAUGUCGCUGGAACAGAAGCCAACGCCCAAGCUGCGGCCUAUGUUCUAUCUACUCUCGUGUCAUACAACAUCGAUUCCCACAUCGUUUCCUAUGAUGUUUCAUUGACAUAUCCUAUUUCACGAUCCUUAAUCUUAACACAACCAGAACCAGCAUCAGAGCAAUUUCCAAUCACGUUUGAUCUUCGUCAAGAGAUUUAUGAUGGCGAUCCAUAUGCUGACGUGGCCCAUGAAGUCUUGCCCACUUUCCAUGCCUAUGCAAAGUCAGGUACAGCUCGUGGAGCUGUGGUUUAUGCGAACUACGGGCGGGUGGAAGAUUACAAGACAUUAAAAGAAAAGGGAGUGAAUGUAACGGGGACUAUUGUAUUAGCAAGGUAUGGUAAGAUUUUCAGGGGAGACAUCGUAAAUAAUGCCUUUGAGGCAGGCGCAAUAGGAGCAAUUGUGUAUACAGAUAGGAAGGACUAUGGGGGUGGAGGUGAUGAGGGAUGGUUUCCUAAGGCAAAGUGGAUGCCACCAAGUGGAGUUCAGGUGGGAUCUGUUUAUGACGGGGCCGGUGACCCGAGCACACCUGGAUGGCCGAGUAUUCAUGGAUGUGAAAGGAUAUCGGAUGAUGAAGUAGAGAAACAAGGCAAUGUUCCUUUAAUACCUUCAUUGCCUGUAUCAGCGGCUGACGGUGAAACAAUCAUGCGGUCUGUCGGUGGACAAGUGGCAGAUGAAGACUGGCAAGGAAGCAAAGAUAGUCCAACAUAUAGGCUCGGACCGGGGCCUGGGAUUCUAAAUCUUACUUAUACUGGAAAGAAAGCAAUUGAAACAAUUCAGAAUGUUAUUGCUAUAAUCGAAGGAGUUGAGGAGCCGGAUAGAUUUGUGAUUCUGGGUAAUCAUCGGGAUGCAUGGACAUUUGGAGCAGUUGAUCCCAAUAGUGGAACCGCCGCAUUGUUAGAGGUCGCCCGAAGACUGAUGAAGCUACAAGAAAGAGGAUGGAAACCUCGGAGAACAAUUGUCUUGUGCAAUUGGGAUGCGGAAGAGUAUGGCCUGAUAGGAUCGACUGAGUGGGUAGAAGACAAUAGAGAACUCUUGGCAUCGAGGGCUGUUGCCUACUUGAAUGUUGACUGUGCAGUCACCGGAGCCGGAUUUCAUGCUUCUGCAACUCCUCAGCUGGACAAAUUACUCGUGAAGACUACUCAGCGGGUUGGUGACCCAGAUAACUCAUCACAGACCAUCUAUGAAUCAUGGGUUGCUCCCCACAACUCUCCUACGAUUGAGAGACUAGGUGGAGGAGGAUCAGAUUAUGCAGCUUUUGUACAACACAUUGGCAUUGCAUCGGCUGACGUCUCUUUUGGGAAAGGAUAUCCAGUAUAUCAUUCAAUGUAUGACGACUUUGUUUGGAUGGAAAAGUUUGGGGACCCUAUGUUUCGAAGACAUAUUGCUGUGGCUAGCGUCUGGGGUUUGACAGCUCUUCAGUUAGCAGAUGAAGAAUUUCUGCCUUUCGACUAUCUAUCCUAUGCAUACGAGCUCCAGAAAAACGCAAAGGACUUGGAAGAUGAGAUAUCGGAUAAGGGCAUAAGGCUUGCUCCCCUGUUCGAGUCCAUUAAGAGACUAAGAGAUGCAGCCACAAAAAUAAACCAGGAGAGAAAGGCAAUUGAAGAAAACGGAGUGUGGGCAUGGAAGUUCAAGAAAGAUCAAGUGAAGGUGAGAGAGAUCAACGACAGGCUGAUGAUGGCGGAACGAGCAUUUACAGACGCAGAAGGGCUUUCUGGGAGGUCAUGGUACAAGCAUUUGAUAUAUGCACCGUCAAAGCAUGAUGAUUAUGGAUCGAGCUGCUUUCCUGGAAUAGACGACGCGAUUGAAGAGGCCAGGAGUCUCAGCACGCCAGAGGCAUGGCGCUCGGUACAGCACCAAGUUUGGAGGGUGUCAAGAGCUGUCAGACAUGUCUCGCAAGUCCUCACUGGUGAAUUGACUUGAAAUAUGCUCUGUCUAAAUCAAAAUCACCUUGGCUUGGAAGAUGUAAUAAAUAAGCUUCAUGCAGUGGAUUCAA